AUGUCUUCUUUUUUGUGCUUUAUAUGCCAUAGCACUGUUAAUAAAGAAACCAAUGAAGAGACUCGAGACAAAUAUCGUGAAGUUGUUGGAAUAAAUUUAUGUCCGGACUCUCAACUGUGCUAUAUCUGCUGUCAUGUGCUCAACAAAUUGUCAUUGUUCAGAUCUAUCUGCUUAAAACGGAGCUUGGAGUAUCCGGUUCUAUUUCGAGAAAAAGGCACCUUGAAUUUGCAAAAGAGCGAUUUAGAAAUACAUGUUCUGUGCCCUGAAGAUUGCAACCAAUAUCAACGAAGCAAAUUUUAUCAAUUUAGUUACAACAAUGACUUCAACGAUACAAAUUAUAAUAAUGAUAAUGAAUAUGUAAAAUUAGAACAUGAAAAUGUCUUUCAUGAAUAUUUUAAUCAGUGUCAGUAUCAAAAUGUUGAAAAUAAUGAAGUGAAAGAAGAAAAUAAUUAUCAUUAUAAUAGGAAAAUUGAUGAAAAUAAUGAUAUUUAUGUAACAGAAAAUAUUGAUGUAAAUACAGAUGUAGCUAAUGAUAAUGAUACAGACAUAGAAUCUAAUGAAGAAGAUAAUAAAAAUGAAAUUACAUUAAAUGAAAAUGCUAAUGUGAAUACAGAUUUAGAAAAAAUCAUUAAAAAUGAAAAUAAUGAAUCAGAACAUAACUUAUUUAAUGUUGAAAAUGGUAAUAAUGAUAAUGAAGCAAAAGAAGAUAAUGAUAAAAACAUAGUAUUAGAGGACUUAAAUGGAAUUAAUGAUAAAAAACCUAAAAAUAAAAAAGUAUCAAAAAAGAAGAAAUCUAAGAAGAAAGGCUUCAAGAAGACGAUAUUAAGUAUAGAAGAACAGAAAGCGGAAUUGGAAGCUAACAGAAAAGAAAAGAAAUAUAUAGAAGCUGAAUUCAAAUGCUAUAAUUGUGCGUUAGGAUUUUUGUUCAAAGAUACUUAUCAGGCACACAUGAUGAGGCACGAAGAGUCCAACGGCGAGCACCAGUGUGUGACGUGCACGCUACGUUUCACGUCGCUGGCGCUGCUGCGCGUGCACGCCGCCAACCACGCGGAGCGCCACACGUGCUCCGCGUGCGGCGCCGCGCUGCGCCCGCGCGCCGCCCGCGCGCACCGCUGCGGGGGGCGGGCGGGGGAGCGGGAGGGGGAGGGGGGUAAGGCGGCUUGCCACGUGUGCGGGAAUUUGUUUAGAGACGCAAACGGUCUCCAACAACACAUAAGGCGUGUUCACACGAACAAGGCGAGCGGGCGGCUGCACUCGUGCGGUGUGUGUGGAGACAGCUUUAACACGCAUGCGACUUUAAGGACACAUAUGAUUAAGCACGUGAAGCGCACGUUCCCGUGCUCGCAGUGCGGCGCGCGCUACCGCAGCCCCUACACGCGCGCGCAGCACGAGCGCAGCCACGCGCGCGCGCCGCCCGCCGCCUGCGCGUGCGGCGCGCUCUACGCCUCCAGGAAGAGCCUGCUGGCGCAUCUGCGGACCCACGUCAGCCACCAGCAGACACUAUUCGAGUGCCCCAUAUGCAAUCGAAUCUGCCCCAACCAGCGGUCCCUCACCUCGCACGUGCAGACGGUGCACUCGCCCAGCGCCGAGCACGCGUGCCCCGCGUGCCCCGCGCGCUACACCAGCCGCAAGUCCCUUGUGCGACAUAUGGCCAAACACAACAAAAAAGCCGAAGUUACAAUGGCGGUGUGUUACCUGUGCGGGAAUAGUUUUAAGGGCAACAACAAAUUAAAUCGACAUUUGAGGGAAGUUUGCGAGAAAGCAAAGCUUGAAGAGCAAAUAUCUGAACUAUAUGAA